AUGCCUCUUAUCAUCGGGCUGAACAGUGGGUCCUCUUUCGAUGGAAUCGACGCAGUCCUGUGCAGCAUCGAGAUUGCAGAAGAUGGCCAUCCAGGAAGACCCAGAUUCGUUGACGGUAUCUCGGAGCAGUGGCCCGAAGAGCUUCAACCAUUAGUGCUGAAGGCUUUUGCCAAUGAAUUGUCCAUCUUUGACCUGUGCAGGUUGAACUAUGCUGCAGGCGCAGCGUAUGCAGAACUGACUAGCAAGCUGCUCAAGAAGACCGGAUUGAAACCUGAGGAAAUUGAUGUCGUGGGGUAUGACGGACAAACAAUAUAUCAAGAGCCGCCCGACCAGGACAAGAAGAGGGACUUCCUCGUAAGCGGAAACCCAAGUUUGGUUGAUCGGUGGACAAAAGGCGGAUUCCCUUGUGGUCUCUUCAUCGUGGAGUCUGGCGUCGUUGCGGCUUUGACAAAUAUCACAACCGUAACCCAGUUCCGACCCAUUGACCAUGCAUUAGGAGGUUCCGGAGCCCCUCUCAUGCAGUAUCUCGACUUUUGCUCGUUCCGGAACGAAGGGCCUGUGGCUACACUGAACAUCGGAGGAAUCGCGAACCUGCAGCUUGCCGAUGCAGACCGGCACAAAAUGAUGGCUUUUGACACAGGCCCGGGCAACGUGAUGAUCGACCACGUGAUGAAAGUGCGCAAAGGCCAGCCAUACGACGCUGGCGGUGGACUCGCGUCCAAAGGACAAGUCAUUCCGGAGCUGUUGACCCGCCUGGAGGCACAUCAAUUCUUCCUCCGGAAACCACCCCGGUCCGCUUGGCGGUUGGACUUUGGAGGUGACCAUGCUAAUCAAAUCCUCGAGGAUUACAAGACUGCCUCAACGGAAGACUUGAUGGCAACUCUCACGCUGUUCACCGCAAAGUCAAUUGAGCUGUCAGUCGUUGACUUCAUCCUUCCCCGAGCACCGAUCAAGACGGUAAUAGCUAGUGGUGGUGGUACGAAGAAUGCGACACUCAUGGGACAUCUUCGCGAGGGGUUAGCACCACAGCGAGUCGAACUCCAUGUAAGCGACGAGUUUGGACUCCCUGCACCGUUCAAAGAAGCCAUCAAGUUCGCCACACUGGCCUUCGCUUGCAAAAACGGCCUCGCGAACAACAUUCCUGCUGCUUGCGGGGCAUCAUCCUUUGCCGUCCUUGGAAAGCUGAGUCUCGCCCCCAGACUUGCUAAGCAUGGCGAUUCCGUUCCCGGAAGUGAAGGUCUCUGA